GUGUGAAUCCAGGACGCUCCAAAAUCAAAAUAGCAAGCUAGUUUGUUUUGUUCGACGCGCUGACCAAGUCUUCAGGCAGGUUUUACAUUUUAUUUAGAAACAUUGUCAUUUUCUUUUUAUUUUGCAAUAUAGAAAAACACAGUGAAUGGAUGGAUGAAUGAAUGAGUGCUGUGGUGAGACUUUCUCUGCUCCUCUUCAGCUAGCGUGUGAUUAGCAUGUUGUGUUUUGGUUGCUAGCUGCACUGCAUCACAGGCGGUGGAGUAGCUGCUUAUUUCAUCCUGAUUUUAUGCCUGUGUCGUAUUUCUUUUUUUUUUUUAAAGAACCAGACAGACUAGGUAGCCGUCGUUCAGUCGAAUUGUUGUUGUUGUUGUUAUUAUUAAUAAGACAUUUCAUUCUAAAUGUUUUACACUACCGUUCAAAAGUUUGGGGUCACCCAGACAAUUUUGUGUUUUCCAUGAAAAGUCACACUUUUAUUUCCCACCAUAAGCUGUAAAACGAAUAGAAAAUAUAGUCAAGACAUUUUUCUGGCCAUUUUGAGCAUUUAAUCGACCCCACAAAUGUGAUGCUCCAGAAACUCAAUCUGCUCAAAGGAAGGUCAGUUUUAUAGCUUCUCUAAAGAGCUCAACUGUUUUCAGCUGUGCUAACAUGAUUGUACAAGGGUUUUCUAAUCAUCCAUUAGCCUUCUGAGGCAAUGAGCAAACACAUUGUACCAUUAGAACACUGGAGUGAGAGUUGCUGGAAAUGGGCCUCUAUACACCUAUUGCACCAAAAACCAGACAUCUGCAGCUAGAAUAGUCAUUUACCACAUUAGCAAUGUAUAGAGUGGAUUUCUGAUUAGUUUAAAGUGAUCCUCAUUGAAAAGAACAGUGCUUUUCUUUCAAAAAUAAGGACAUUUCAAAGUGACCCCAAACUUUUGAACGGCAGUGUAUCUAGCCAGUAGCCAGAUGAGACAUGGAGCGGCCGCCUGGAAGCAGCAGCAGCAGCAGGGCUCAGUAUGAGAGUAAAAGAGCCACAGAGUUUAAUGAUGAAGUGUACAGUCAGAAACGGAUCCGAACCGAUGAUGAUCCGCCAGCAGUCCCCCGCUCCCUGAGUACUCGAGCCCAGCUGUAUGAGCGUGUCUUCCCUCAGUACAGACAGCCUGUGGAAGUCGGGGGCUUUUCUCUGGACUCAGACAGAACCUUCUUUAACGACUCCAGACAGCUGCGGUACUAUGUGGAUCCGGGCAACAAACCCAACUUCAACCUGCGGGAUGGUUACAGAGACCGCUUCAUUAAAAGAGAUGACACUGUCAAAGAGAGACUUGACCACAUGUUACGGUGGAUUGUAGCGAACAGAGCCAAACUCCUCUCCACACGCACUUCUUCAGCCUCCUGUACACUAGGUGUAGACUUUGUCACUUGGCGCGGCCACUUGACGAAGCUGCUGACCACUCCGUACGAGACACAGGAGGGAUGGUUACUGGCUGUGUCCAAGUUCAGAGGCACUCUUUACAUCAGCGAAGUAGAGACAGAGGCUGCCAGGGUUAACCGAGAGAACCGUACAGAGAGACAUGAGGAGAUGAUGUACUGGGGCUACAAGUUCGAGCAGUACAUCUGUGCAGAUGAUGUGAAUGGUGUCCCAGACCGAGGAGGGGUUGUCAACACAAAUGAGGCUUUCUGCACAGUAGUCCAGACUCGCCUCGCAGACCAUAAGCUACUCUUUUCUGGCGAGGUGGACUGCCGAGUUAAUGACCCCAGAGCUCCUCCAGCUCCGGCCUGCUACAUUGAGCUAAAGACCUCAGCUGAAAUCUGUACCCCGAAACAGCGCAGUAACUUUCACAGAUAUAAGCUGCUGAAAUGGUGGGCACAGUCAUUUCUUCCUGGAGUCCCACGUAUAGUUGCUGGAUUUCGAGACCAUGAUGGUGUAGUGGUGUCUGUCGAGACGUUCCACAUCUCAAAAAUAUCCCAACUGAUCAAGAACGAGCACAACUGCUGGAAGCCAACAGUCUGCAUGAACUUCUGUAGUGAUUUCCUGUCCUUUGUGAAAUCUGUUGUAAAAGAGGAUAAUCCAAGGUUAGUGUACCUGUUUGCAUGGGAACCACACAGAGACGUGACAUACACAGUUCACAGAGACUCCCACUAUACAUUCCUUCCGGAUUGGUACAUCAAGGAAGUGGCAAGCCAUCAUCAGCAUGUCUCUAAUCCUAACAUUUAAACACAGUAGUCAACCAAGCAAGAAUAUUUUCUUGUCUGAAGAUUUCAUCUUUACUUUAGUACAUAUACCCUACCGUUCAAAAGUUUGGGGUCACCCAGACAAUUUUGUGUUUUCCAUUAAAAGUCACACUUUUAUUUACCACCAUAAGUUGUAAAAUGAAUAGAAAAUAUAGUCAAGACAUUUUUCUGGCCAUUUUGAGCAUUUAAUCGACCCCACAAAUGUGAUGCUCCAGAAACUCAAUCUGCUCAAAGGAAGGUCAGUUUUAUAGCUUCUCUAAAGAGCUCAACUGUUUUCAGCUGUGCUAACAUGAUUGUACAAGGGUUUUCUAAUCAUCCAUUAGCCUUCUGAGGCAAUGAGCAAACACAUUGUACCAUUAGAACACUGGAGUGAGAGUUGCUGGAAAUGGGCCUCUAUACACCUAUGGAGAUAUUGCACCAAAAACCAGACAUUUGCACCUAGAAUAGUCAUUUACCACAUUAGCAAUGUAUAGAGUGGAUUUCUGAUUAGUUUAAAGUGAUCUUCAUUGAAAAGAACAGUGCUUUUCUUUCAAAAAUAAGGACAUUUCAAAGUGACCCCACACUUUUGAACGGUAGUGUAGGUAAGGAAUAAGUGAAGCUUAAGCAGUACCAGUUUAGCACUAAAGCUUCAGUACAGAACUAAAGAAGCAAACAUGUACUAUUUGGCCAAAAGUAUGUGAUCACGUGCCCAUGCACGGGGUUAAUAUAAGCGCCACUCUUCUGGGAACGCUUUCCACUAGAUUUUAGAGCGUGGCUGUGGGGAUGUGUGUUCAUUCAUCUACAAGAGCAUUAGCAGCAAGCUACGUGUUCAUGGACUUCAGUCUGUGCACAGAGGGAUUGUCAUGAAACAGAUUUGGGGCCCUUGUAGCUCCAGUGAAGGGAAGAAGUCUUAAUGCUACAGCAUACAAAGACAUUCUAUACAACUGCAUGCUUCACGAUUUAAUGUGGUGGUUAGGUGUCCACAUACUUUUGGCCAUACAGUGAGCCUGCAAACCUCACACUUCCACCCAACAUGCUAGAGAUUCUUAAAGUAAGAAUUUGAUUGGGUUAAUUUAACUGAUGAACGAGGACACAGAAAAUCAGUUACACAUCAGUUAAAAUGUUAUCUUUAUUAAACUAUCAGAUCAUUACACCUGCAUUCUUUAACUGAAUACAAAUAAGGGUCAAAGUGGCUUUUUUUUUUUUAAAGGAUACCAGAAAAUGUUCCUUUUUAAAUGUACGUGAUUGUAUUUGUUGUUCUUAUAAGCUGUCAACAAAUUCACAUUUAAAUCUCAGUCACUUUUGGAACCAUGCAAGAAAACAAAGCAAUAAACAAACACUUUCAAUGCUUGAAAA